AGGCAGCGAGGACUUGGACUGUCCCGGCUCUUGGCUGCACAGGUUCCUGACUCUCCAAUUCACUCUCUGCUUCCCUAAUUGGACGCCCGUGACUACUGAGUCAAAAUGACUCAAAAACCUCUCAGCGACGAUGAGAAAUUCCUCUUUGUGGACAAAAACUUCAUUAACAACCCACUUGCUCAGGCUGACUGGUCAGCGAAGAGACUGGUUUGGGUUCCAUCAGAGAAACAUGGAUUUGAAGCUGCAAGUAUCAAGGAAGAGAAAGGGGAUGAGGUGACAGUUGAACUGUCAGAAAAUGGAAAGAAAGUGACACUGAGCAAGGAUGACAUCCAGAAGAUGAACCCUCCCAAGUUCUCUAAAGUGGAGGACAUGGCAGAGCUGACUUGUCUCAAUGAAGCUUCAGUGCUGCACAAUCUGCGGGAGAGAUACUUCUCAGGUUUAAUUUAUACAUAUUCAGGUCUCUUCUGCGUUGUGGUAAAUCCAUACAAACAGCUGCCCAUUUAUUCAGAGAAGAUUAUUGACAUGUACAAAGGCAAGAAGAGGCACGAGAUGCCACCCCACAUCUACGCCAUCGCAGACACAGCCUACAGGAGCAUGCUGCAAGGUAGGCAAGACCAGUUUAUUCUGUGCAGAGGUGAAUCUGGUGCUGGCAAGACAGAAAAUACCAAAAAGGUCAUUCAGUAUCUGGCUUUCGUUGCAUCAUCACAUAAGGGCAAAAAGGACACCAGCAUCACACAAGGUCCAUCUUUUGCUUACGGUGAGCUGGAAAAACAGCUUCUACAGGCAAACCCUAUUCUUGAAGCUUUUGGAAAUGCCAAAACUGUGAAGAAUGACAACUCCUCCAGAUUCGGUAAAUUCAUCCGCAUCAACUUUGAUGUGACAGGCUACAUUGUCGGAGCGAACAUAGAGACUUAUUUGCUUGAAAAAUCCCGUGCUAUUCGUCAGGCUAAAGAUGAGCGAACGUUUCAUAUCUUUUACUAUUUGAUUGCUGGAGCUUCUGAACAAAUGAAAAAUGAUCUGUUGCUGGAAAAUUUCAACAAUUACACCUUUCUAUCUAAUGGCUAUGUGCCUAUCCCUGCUCAACAAGAUGAUGAGAUGUUCCAGGAGACCUUGGAAGCCAUGAGAAUUAUGGGCUUUAGUGAUGAGGAACAAACAGCUAUAUUGAGAGUUGUUUCAUCUGUCCUACAGCUGGGUAAUAUUGUCUUCAAGAAGGAGAGAAACACUGAUCAAGCUUCUAUGCCAGACAAUACUGCUGCACAAAAAGUGUGUCACCUGAUGGGGAUAAACGUGACGGAUUUCACAAGGGCUAUUCUAACCCCAAGGAUCAAAGUAGGACGAGAUGUUGUUCAGAAAGCUCAGACCAAAGAGCAGGCUGACUUUGCCAUAGAGGCUUUGGCCAAGGCAAAAUUUGAACGUCUGUUCCGAUGGAUUCUGACUCGUGUAAACAAAGCUCUAGAUAAAACAAAAAGACAAGGUGCUUCCUUCUUGGGGAUCCUUGAUAUUGCUGGAUUUGAGAUUUUCGAGAUCAAUUCCUUUGAGCAGCUGUGCAUCAAUUACACUAAUGAGAAACUUCAGCAGCUUUUCAACCACACAAUGUUUAUAUUGGAGCAAGAGGAAUACCAGCGUGAGGGCAUUGAAUGGAAUUUCAUUGACUUUGGCCUUGACCUGCAACCUUGCAUUGAGCUGAUUGAAAGACCGACGAACCCCCCUGGUGUUCUGGCUCUGCUGGAUGAAGAGUGCUGGUUCCCCAAAGCUACUGACACAUCUUUCGUGGAUAAACUAUGUCAAGAACAAGGCAAUCACCCCAAAUUUCAGAAGACCAAGCAACUUAAGGAUAAAACCGAAUUCUCUAUAAUCCACUACGCAGGAAAGGUGAACUACAACGCAACAGCCUGGCUAACAAAGAACAUGGAUCCGCUAAAUGACAACGUGACUGCUAAAAAAAUGCUGAACCAAUCUUCAGACAAAUUUGUGGCAGACCUUUGGAAAGAUGGUAGGAAACACAAUUCUAAAUCA